UGGUCCUGUUUGCCCGUGGGCUUUGGGCUGGAGAUGUUGUUCUGUUUCCAACCGCACUAGCAAAUCAACUACAGGAAAACAUCUGGUUCCUCAAAUGGCAGUGUAUCAUCAUACAUCGGUGUCAUAUGCACACAUCUGAAGCUCUCAGAGGAUGAGGAGGAGGAGGAAGCUCAGGUGAUUGGACCGCAGCUCCUCCAGGACACGUGUUGAGCACCAUUUAAGAGCACUACAUAGACAACAUGAUGAUCUGAUCAUCAUCUACUUCUGAGACUGAUCUGAGAUCUGCAUGAUGAUCACAAACGCUGCUCUUGAUCAUUAGUUUCUCAGACGGCAGCUGAUUGGGACGCAGUGGGAGCGUGAACAGGACAAUGAAUGUAGUGACGUGCAGUGAACAGACUCCAGAUCAUGAGUCCAGCAUGAGGAAGCAUGACCUUCAACCCUGCUCAAACACAGAGCACAAGAAUGUCCUGCAGCUGAGACUCCAGCAGAGGAGGACACGAGAGCAGCUCGCUGACCAGGGCAUCAUGCCUCCCUUGAAGAGUCCGGCUGCGUUCCACGAACAGAGGAAAAGUCUUGAGCGAUCCAAGACUGGAGAUUAUUUAAAACACAAAAUCAGAAGUCGACCAGAGAAAUCAGAGCUUGUCAACAUGCAUAUUCUACAAGAAUCCACCGCCGAAGGUCCCGCACUCGACUCACAGACCAAACAGAAGCGAGCCAGAUUGGCCGACAACCUGAAUGAGAGAAUCGCUCUCAGACCCGGCCCGCUGGAGCUGGUGGAGAAGAACAUCAUUCCUGUCGACUCCACUGUUAAAGAAGCAGCUAUGAAAGUGAACCAUGGGAAGUUCCCGCAGCAGGAGGACUCAUACGCGUUUGAGGAGGACAGCAGCAGUGAGAGUCUGUCUCCAGAUCAGCCACACAGUGAAGAGUCGCAGUGUUCGGCCGAAGUGCUCACAGAGAACAAGAGCAGCGGCUCCAGCUCACCCACACUCACCAGCACCGAGCAUGGGUCUCAGAGCAAAGACAGCAUCACUCAAAACCAGGAGGAGAACAUGACCAACAGCCAGGAAACUCCACCCAUUCCUGUUCCUGCAAUAGUCAAGUCCAAAAUGUCUGAGAAGAACCGCCACAAGAAACCCAAAGACAUCAAGCCUAAAGUAAAGAAGCUGAAGUACCACCAGUACAUCCCACCGGACCAGAAGGCAGAGAAAUCUCCUCCGCCGCAGAUGGACUCGGCGUACGCACGUCUCCUGCAGCAGCAGCAGCUCUUCCUCCAGCUGCAGAUCCUCAGCCAGCAGAAACACCAGCAGAGCUCACACACACACUCACACACACACACACAUCAGCAGCAGAGCUUCAGCUACCAGACCCUCAACCAGAGCACGCUCAACAAGGCGUCCGGUGAACAGCAGUCAUCAUGUGCGUCCAGCGUCCAGACCAGCAGCAGCUCCUCGUCUCCAGUGAAGAACAGCUACUGCAACCCGUCCAUCAGCCCGCUCAGACCCGGACCGCUGCCCGCCAACCUGGACGACCUGAAGGUGUCUGAACUCAGACAGCAGCUGCGGAUCCGCGGUCUCCCCGUGUCUGGCACUAAAACAGCGCUCAUAGAGCGUCUGCGGCCCUUCAAAGACUCUUCUCCGGUCACUUCUGCAGACGUCAGCGCAGCUGCGUUCCCCAUGACUCCCACCGGAUCGCUCUCGUCCUACCAGUCGCACGGCGCCGGCUUCUACCCGUUCUGCAGCAGCGGCUCCACACCACCCAUCUCUCCAGCUUCAUCCGAUCUCUCCGUCAGCGGCUCGCUGCCUGACAGCUUCAGCGACGUCACCAUGUCCUCGCCGCAGUUCGGCCUGCAGCCGUCGCCGGCCCAGCUGAGCGCAGACGAGGGUCAUAGCACGCUGGGACCGGACGCCGAGAAGGACAAGAUGCUGGUGGAGAAGCAGAAGGUGAUCGAGGAGCUGACGUGGAAGCUGCAUCAGGAGCAGAGGCAGGUGGAGGAGCUGCGCAUGCAGCUGCACAAGAGGAAGCGCGUGCAGGACUGUCCCGCUCCGCCGCAGCACAUGAUGCAUCUCCAGCCUCCAGCGCAGAUGCAGCAGUUCUACGGCGUCUCCGUCAAGCAGGAGCAGGUGGUGUCCAGCUGUCCUCUGGCUGCCAAGCAGAUGAAAGGCAGCUGCAUGGCUCACUGCAAUCUGCACGCUGCGCCGUCAUCUGCGAGCCCCGCCGGUCUGUCUGCGUUCCUGAGCCCUCAGUGUUCUCCUGAAGACUCACCCGUCACCAAAGCCUCCAGCAGCCCCUCGUCCCCCGGCCAGCCGUACCUGCUGAGAGACUCACACACACUGCCUCAGAACACAAGCAGAGCCGCACACAACGUACAGUUACAGCAGAAGAGCGCAGGACAGACGGCGAGCUGCUCGUAUCCGUCAGAUCAGAGAAACCUGCAGCCGCUUUACCAUCAGAAUCCAGCAGACGCCAGAGCAUCCACCAAAGCCAAGAGCAGCAGCGUGCAGCAGAAAGAGGCUCUGUCUCUCUCUCCGCGGCACGUUGAGCCCAAGUCUCCUACAUCCAGCACUGCCUUCUGUAGCUCAGAUCCCCCUGCCUCCGGCAGUAAAGGGCCGCCGUGUUAUGAGGAUGCAGUGAAACAGCAGAUGUCGCGCAGCCAGCAGAUGGAUGAGCUUCUAGACGUCCUCAUCGAGAGCGGAGAAAUGCCAGCUAACGCCAAAGAAGAGAGGUCUCCUGUAACCAAAGUUGUGCCUCACCUUACAGCUUCGCCCAAGUUCCCCCGACACUACAGUCACAUGUCGCCCUCCAUGCUUGCUUACGAUCACGCGGUGGCUCACGGAGACGCUCAUCUGGAGACGCUGCUGAGCCCCAUGAGCCGGACGCAAGGAGACGCGGCGCUCCUGAAGAUGCCCGCCGUGGACGGACGCUUGGAGGAGGCGGGCGAUGGAUUCAACAGCCGUGACAUGAUGGGUACCCCUGUAUCGCCCACGGCCGGAAAGAUCACCGCGGUUGCCGCUGAGGGCCACGGCCUCGGAAUGACCUUCGCAGAGUCGCCUUGGGAGACAAUGGAGUGGCUGGAUCUGACUCUGCCCAGCUCCGCCAACACCUUCCACAACGGCCUGCCUCCGUCCGGGCCGAGCAUCUUCAACACAGAGUUCCUGGACGUGACCGACAUCGGCCUGAACUCGGCCAUGGACCUGCACCUGGAGCACUGGUGAGGAGGAACAUCACGUCCACACCCAGAUCUCCAGAGCCAGCGUUUAAAACUGUUUUAUCACGUUCCAUCAAAACUUGAAUUGUUUUGACUUUGGAUUCUGGCAAAGGUGUUUUGAUUACUGGAAACAGAAAGACGCUCCAAAUGGAAAUCGAACUGAGACGUCCGUACCAUCCGUCUGUAAAUAUAUGAAAGCAACUUAAUACUUUUUUUUUUUUUUGUCUGCACAUUUGUGGUGUGGGAAAAACACACAGUAAUGCAUCACACUAGUAUAUCACGUGUACUCUCUUGUGCUGUUGUAAAUAUGAAUUCACACUUGCACCUUCAGCUUACAGUAGGAUGUCACUUUUUAUGAGCAUUUAAUUCCUUCCUGUCAUCAUCAUGUAAUUAAUUUAUUUUGAGAGCGCAAACCUUUGGUUUUUACACGUGAUACGGAAGCCUGUUUCUGUCAUUGGAUAAAAUAACGAUAAUUGCAUCUUUUUAUUUUACAAUGCUGACGUUUCCCUACAUUUUUUAGAAAAAAGUCUGAAUUACAAGAUUACUUUUUUUUUUCUUAGAAUUGUGAAUUUACAUCUCGCAA